UCCAAUCGCGUUUGUCCGGGUUUUUUGGACCAUAACUACGCCAGUAGACAAUGAGCAGUGCUGAACCGCAGACCAAGAAAACGAAAAUGGCUUCAAGUUUGGAACAACUGAAACAGCUCACCACGAUCGUGGCCGAUACCGGCGACUUCGAGGCGAUGAAAACUUACAAGCCCACCGAUGCUACUACGAAUCCUUCGUUGAUUUUAUCUGCGGCUGGCAUGGAACAGUAUCAGCACCUGAUCGAUAAGGCCAUCAAACAUGGACAAAAGGCGGGAACCACCACGGAAGAGAAGGUGUCCGAAGCGGCCGAUAUGCUGUUCGUGCUGUUUGGCUGUGAGAUUCUGAAGCUCGUACCGGGUCGUGUAUCGACCGAAAUCGAUGCCCGACUGUCCUUCAACAAGGAAGCCUCCAUCGCGAAAGCUCUGAAGCUGAUCGCUCUGUACGAGGAGCUCGGUGUGAAGCGUGACCGCGUGCUGAUUAAGUUGGCCUCCACCUGGGAGGGUAUACAGGCGGCAAGCGUACUGGAGAAGGAACACAACAUUCACUGCAAUCUCACGCUGCUGUUUUCAUUCGCCCAAGCGGUCGCAUGUGCGGAAGCAGGUGUCACGUUGAUUUCCCCGUUCGUGGGCCGUAUCCUCGAUUGGUACGUGGCAAACACCGACCAGAAAACGUUCGAGCCCGAGCAAGAUCCGGGCGUCAUCUCGGUGACAAAGAUUUACAACUACUACAAAAAGUUCGGCUACAAAACCGUGGUGAUGGGUGCUUCGUUCCGUAAUGUGGGUGAAAUCAUGGCACUGGCUGGGUGUGAUCUGCUCACCAUCAGCCCGAAGCUGUUGGGCGAUCUGGAGAAGAGUGCCGAACCGGUUAAGCGCUAUCUCGAUGCCGAGAAGGCCGCAUCAGCGAACCUGGAGAAAAUUCAUAUAGAUGAGGCAACGUUCCGCUGGAUGUUGAACGAGGAUCAGAUGUCUACGGAUAAGCUUUCGGACGGUAUACGCAAGUUUGCUGCCGAUGGUCGUAAGCUGGAAACAAUGCUGCGCGGCUUACUGCAGGCUGCUGAGUAAA